AUGGAUUCUCAACCUGACUUUGCCUUCAGAACAGUUUCGAAUGAGCGCUAUUCUCGGCGGACUGGCAAAGGUACUUUGCAAACCGUCUUGCCUAGAUCAUGAUCAGUUCUGCGGGUCAGAUUCCUCAUCCCCAACGUUUUUAAGAUCUUGCCCUCAUUCAGCCAUAUUACCACUACUACUACUACUACUACUACUACUACUACUACUACUACUACUACUACUACUACUACUACUACUACUACUACUACUACCACUACUACUACUACUAUUACUACUACUACUACUACUGCUACUACUACUACUAA